GGCUACGUUUUGCUGCACUGUGCUGAUUUUUUUUUAGCCGCCGUAUCGUUGUGUAUAAGGGUUGUAAAUUUAUCAUAAAUUAUAGGCCCUAGGCCUAGAUAACACCAAAGUGUUGUCAGUGCGUGCGGCCACUGUCUGCUUAAAAUAGCAAUAUCGAGCUGGCGAAAUAUUGGCCUUGGUGUGUAGCACAGCGCCAACAAGCCCGGCAGAACGUGUUGUUUAGGUUGCUGUGUGCUCGGCCAGUAGGACACGGCCCACUCGAUCUAGUUACACCAAACACAAGGCCUUCUCGUGUCACACAGAAAUGGAUUCAGACUUCACCGACAAAGUUGUGGUCAUCACCGGUGCCAGUUCAGGCAUUGGGGAGGUCGCUGCCCUCAUGUUCGCCAAGAGAAACGCGAGGGUGACCCUCAGUGGUCGGGACCAGGGGCGGCUCCAGGCUGCCCUCGAGAAAUGUGUUGAGGCUGGAGGGGGUCACGCGGACCGUUACCUCACGGUGCAGGGCGAUGUCAGUGACCCCCUGGUCAGACAGGCCAUCAUUCAGAGAACCCUCGACACGUUCGGCCAACUGGACAUCCUGGUACCUAACGCCGGCAUCAUCCUGGAGGAGGGGGGACUAACCAACCCCACGGAGGCGGCUUACGACAAAACGAUGGACGUCAACGUCAAAUCCAUUUUCUUUUUAAUCCAGGAGUCGAUCCCACACCUGGAGAAAACCAAAGGCUGUAUCGUCAACGUCUCGUCCAUAGGUGCCCUCGUGCCGUUUCCGGACGAAAUUAUUUAUGGCAUGUCUAAGGCGGCGUUGGAUUAUAUGACAAGAACGUUAGCUUUGGGACUGGCACCUAAAGGCAUACGUGUCAACUCAAUCAACCCGACGCUGACCACCUCUAGAAUCUACAGGACCUACACCUCUGACCCCGCGGGGACUGCCAGUUUUAUGACGAACUACGCCAGCCUGCACCCGCUUCAUCAAAGGGAGAGCACGCCAGAGGAACAGGCCAGCGUCAUUGUAUUUUUAGCCAGCCAAUCGGCGAGCUUCAUUACCGGGCAAUGCAUUGCCGUGGAUGGUGGGAUUACCCUUCGUGGAGCUUCCACUUAACUGAUACUAGUCAGUCUACAAUUGACGUCAUUCGAUGUCUUCAUUUUUUUUUAUUAAUAAAAUUAUUUUACCUGUUGUCACAUGAAGACUUAAGGGGUCACCCAUACACGGAGUUACACUUUUUAAAAGGUUAUCCCACUUGACUCCGAUGCCCCUCUCCAUCGUCUUACAUACUUACAAUAGUCCGAAACUACAUUCUCAGAAAUUGUCAUCUAUUAUGGACGACACCAUCUGGCUUGUGUUAAAUAAAUUACCAUGCAUUCAAUCAAAACUAAUAAAAAAUAGUAAAUUA